AUGAGUAGCAACACUAAAGAAAGCACAGCAAAGAUACCAAAAAAUUUCAAAUCCACUUUACCUCCAAGGAAAAGAGCUAAGACAAAGGAAGAAAAGGAGCAGAGACGUAUAGAGCGGAUUUUGCGAAACAGAAGGGCAGCACAUCAAAGUCGUGAGAAAAAGCGUCUUUAUUUGCAGUUCUUGGAGCAGAAAUCUGCCGUUCUUGAACGGUUGAUAGCACAGGUUGACAUGGAGAGCGUCGUACAAAAAGCUGGGCCUGCACGUGCUCUUUACAUGGAGUAUCAGGACCUGGUCGCCCGGUACGACGGUGACGAAGAAGGCAGUUGUGCAUCGGAAGAGCGACGCUCGGGUGAGUGUCGGCCAACCAGUUUAAGCGACGCUUCUUCCACUUCAAACUCUGUGAUGUCGACUCCUGCGUCAGUGGCAGUGGAGUCACCAUUGAGCAACGUGGAUUCAGGCUAUUCGGGUGUCAAAGGGACCACCCCAUUCACAUCCUGCGAAAAUCUGAAUGCCGUUUUCGAUGGUCUAUCUGCGGAGUCCACGUCCAUAGACACUGCUCCUGACUGGAACCUUGUCUUGAACAAUGAUACGCCCUUCGAAGUUGAUCCUCAAGCGAGCGAUAUGCACGCGUUAGCGAUGACUGAUGGUUCUUGGGACCUUGAUUAUACGCGCGAUCCAGCCGUGAUCGCUGUUUAUUGA